GAAAUUAUAGCCAACUUAUUAUAAUUAUAUUAUUAAAUAAUAUUUCCUUUAUUAUAUGUAUGCUUUCCUUUUACUCAUCCAAAGCUGACAAUGUUUAUAUUUAUUUACAUUAAGAAAGAAAAGCUCUGAUCCAUUGUUGUUUCUCUGUCUUAGCUUCUCCAUUUUCGAUUGGUUUCCACCUUCCUUCCUUUCUUUCUCUCCUUCACACCAUUAAUAAACAAACCAAACUCAGAAACAAAACCAAAAAUGGGGUUUUUUUCACUUCUCUGUAUUGCUCUGUUCCAAUACUCAGUCUCCACAACCACCAUAGCUUCUUCUGCUAAAACUAAAAACUUCAGCUUUACUGAGUUUAAAGAAGAAAGGGAAAGACCCUUCUUCACAUUCUCAAACUUUUCCUCCAUUGAUGGUGGAGCCCUUCAACUCACACCAGAUAAUGAGAAUCAGUACUUGGGUUAUUACAACAAGUCUGGUCGAAUCAUGUUCCAUAAAACUCAGAAGCUUUGGUUAUCUGAUACUGAUAAAGAUAUUGCUUCUUUCAACACCACUUUUGUUAUGAACAUUUACAGAAACAAAAUUUGGAAUCCAGGUGAAGGUUUAGCCUUUGUUAUAGCUCCAGAUUUUGAAGUCCCAUUACAAAGCCAUGGAAGGUGGUUGGGUCUGACCAACUCGAGUACAGAUGGUCUGAGACAGAAUUACAUGGUUGCCAUCGAAUUCGAUACAGAAAAGCAAGAAGAGUUCGACCCAGAUGAUAAUCACAUUGGGUUAAAUAUCAACUCAGUUAGAUCAAAAAAGACUGUGUCUUUAAAAAAGUUUGGAUUUUUAUUAUCCCCAGAGAACAGUACGGACUACAGAGUUUGGAUCCAGUAUAAUGGUAAAUCAAAAGUUAUGGAAGUUUAUGUGGCGAAUCGAAGCAGUUUAAGGCCUAAGAACCCUUUUCUUAGUGAGAUUAUUAACUUGAAAGACUAUGUUAAAAAAGACUCUUACUUUGGUUUUUCAGCUUCUACUGGAAACCCUGGGAUUCAGUACAAUUGUGUUUUGGAAUGGGAAAUGCAGAUUGAGGAUUUAUCAGUGAAAAAAGAUAGAAAAUGGGUUGUGAUUGGGAUUGGGAUUGGAGUUGUGGGAAUGGCUGUUUUGGCAUUGUUUGGAUUGAAAUUGGGAAUUGGGUAUUUGAGAAAGAAGAGGAAAGAGCAAGAUGAGGAGUCUAAUGUGCUUGGUGCUUUGAAAAGAUUGCCUGGUAUGUCUAGAGAGUUUAGAUAUAAGGAUCUGAAAAAAGCCACUGAUGAUUUUGAUGAGAGUAUGGUUCUUGGUCAAGGUGGAUUUGGAGUUGUUUAUAGAGGUGUUCUUCGUGAAAAGAUUGAAAGUAUUGGGGGUUCAGCUACCAUUACUGAAGUAGCUGUUAAGAAAUUCUUAAGAGAUAACAUCAAAGGGAAAGAUGAUUUCUGGGCUGAACUCACCAUUAUUCAUCGACUUCGUCAUAAGCAUCUUGUUCGUUUAGUUGGUUGGUGCUACGAAAAAGGGAAGCUUCUUUUGGUGUAUGACUACAUGCCAAAUGGAAGCUUAGAAAAACACCUAUAUGAAUCUUCAAAUACCCUUAAUUGGAGACACCGAUACAAGAUACUCGCCGGUGUAGCCUCGGCAUUGCAUUACCUCCACAAUGAUUUUGACCAAAAGGUGGUUCACCGCGACCUCAAAGCUAGUAAUAUCUUGCUAGACUCCGGCUUCAAUGCUCGUUUGGGAGAUUUCGGGCUAGCCAGAGCCAUAGAAGAUGAGAGGAACUCGUAUUGUGAGCUUGGAGUAGCUGGUGUUCCUGGAACCAUGGGUUAUGUGGCUCCAGAAUGCUUCCACACUGGAAAAGCCACUCCAGAAUCUGAUGUGUUCGGCUUUGGUGCAGUUGUGCUUGAAGUUGUGUGUGGUAAAAGCCCCGGAGUCAAAAUUCAGCUCGGGGAUAAUUUGCUUACAUUGGUUGAUUGGGUUUGGAUGCUGCAUCGUGAAGGACGUAUUCAAGAAGCUGUGGACGAGAGGCUUAACGAUGACUACGAGGUAGAGGAAGCCAAGAGACUUCUUCUUCUUGGGUUGGCUUGCUCGAACGUGGUCGAUGGUGAGAGGCCACAAACUCAAACCAUAUGCCAGAUUAUCGCUGAGACUCUACCACCACCUCAUGUCCCGCCUUUCAAGCCUGUCUUUACAUGGCCUUCUUUAGGAGUUUUUACCUAUAACUCCCUUGAUAGUGCAUUUUCCAACACCACAUCUUCUAGUAGGAUAUAAUGUUAAUUGGAAAGGGUUUAGCUCAGCUCAGCACUUCUCAUCCUCAGAUAAUAGUCUGUCUUUCAGUUCCUGAGAUUGGUCUGGUUUCUUGACAAUAUCACAUGGUUUGGAGUCCUUGAGAAUUUUCAAUGGGAGAUUCUAACCUUAACUCUACUUGUGCUCCUUGCAAUCCUGUAUUUUAUGGCACCAUACUAAAUGUACUACUAUUGCUUGGUUUUUGAAAGUUUCAACAUAGGCAAAAAUGACAUGUAAUUAUAAAGAAAAGUUUCCAUUUUUUCC